AUGAGCAACAACAAUAAUGGAGGAGACAAUUAGCAGCCGAAUUCUCAGUAGCAAAAUGUCGGCAAUACCUUUUUUAAGCCACCCAGUUUUAAUAACAAUAAUGCUUAAGGAGCUGGUGGAGGUGGUCCCAGUUCCUUCUAAUUCAAGGCAAAUACAGGCUCAACAACAGGGGGAAGUUUCUCUAUGGGCUAAAAUUCAGGCAGCAGACCUCCUAGUGUUGGUGGAUCCUAGGCGACUCAAUUUAAUUUCCAGAAGCCAAAUUUUACAGGCUUAAACAAUAAUGGAUAAUAACCUAAUUCAUAAGGUAACACUAAUAAUUUUACCGGAUGGAAUCCAAAUGCAAGUGGAGCAGGCAGUUUUAAGUAGAAUAAUGGCAAUUCUGGCAAUACUAACAAUAAUACAGGAGGAAAUUAAGGUCAGAAUAACAACACCGUGAGUGGAGGGGGUUAGCAUAAUAUUACAUUUGGGCAGAGUCAAAGACCCUCAUUCGGAGGAUCCAAUUUAGGUCAAAGUGCUUUCAAGCCUCCAUCAUAGAGUGGUUUUUAAUUAACUUAAAAUCAGCAGAAUUAACCAUCCUAACAACAGUAAUAACAAUAGCAAUAGUAGCAAUAGUAGCAAUAAAAUCCUUCCAGCUAACAGCAGAAUAAUUCCUAAAUUAACAAUAAUAGCAAUAUGAACACUGAUGGAUCUGGUUAAACAACAAAUAAUGGGUAAGGAAAGCUAAAUUUUCAACCUAGUGGGCCAAGUUCAUUCAAAUCUAGCUUACCAAUUUUCAAUGCAGGAUAGUAAUCUAAUAGCACUACAGGAGCAAAGGCUACAUUUGCUUUUCAAACACCGUCAUAGAGUAAUUAGAAUCAAAGCAAUCAGUAAAACUAGUAAUAAAACGAUUCUUAAACUUAAAAUUAGACCAAGCCUGGUGAGUAAACUAACAGUUAAUAAAAUAAUUAAUAGCAAUAACAGCUUAAUACUACCACAGGCUAAAACACUCAAUAAUAAUAACCACAAGUCUAGUCUUAAUCUCAGCAGCAAAAUUAGCAAUAAUAAUAGCAGUAGUAGACACCAGGCUUCAAGCCUUUCAAUCUAUAAACUUCUCAAAAUAACCAACAAUUAAAUUAAAGCUCAUAACCUCCUAGUCAAAGUUAAGGUUAGAACUCGGGGCAACCAACUUUUUCAUUUAAGCCUCCUGGUUCAUUAAGUUCAGCUCCCAACAUCAUCUAAAAUCCUGCUUCAUUGACAACUGGCCAAUAAAAUUCUUAGAGCUAAUCUAAUCCUACUUUCAAUUUUAUGGGCACCAAUUAGCCAUAAAAUUAAUCAUCUUAAUCAAUUGGAUUAAAUUAACAGCAAUAAUAAUAGCCAAACUAAAAUCAACAAAAUAAUACUACUCAAUCCUCUCAACAAAAUCAAGAGGGUAGUAACUAAUAGCAAUUGUAGUAAUAGACAUAAUCGACUACAGCAUUUAAACCAACAACAAAUUUAACAUCCUCAACAUCAUAAUCAAUUGGCUUAACAACUUAAUCAACUGGCUAAACAUCUUCUGCAAUUUAGAAUAAUACUACUUCUUAAUCAUAAGCAAAUACAGCAACAAACCCAACUUAGCAACAAUAGCAAGUUCUAAAACCUUAGGAGAAGAUUGCAUAGGAUGCUAUUCUUAACAAGAACAUUCAAGAAUGUCUGGACUAAUUUGAAGAAGAUCUAAGAUCUAAUAGUCAGAGUUUUCAGAAAAUUAUUGAUAAAGUCAGGCAAGAAGAACUUGACCUGAUGCAAGAUAUUGAAUAGAUCUAGUUGAUAUCUGAGUAAAAUAGAGUCACCAAGGACAUUCUUGAGUUAAGCAAGCAGAAGUGCUCAUGCAUUCUAAAUGAGUAAAAGGCAACUUUGACAUUACUAGAUGAGAUUGAUAUGGACUUGACAAGACUUCUGAAUCAGCAAGAGUUCUUUACUGAUUCUAGAAAUCUUUAGAAUCUAAAUGAGUCUCCAAAUAGUCAAUUGAUAUUUCCAAAGUUGUAGGAAUUGCAAGCUGAAAUGGAACAAAAUGAUUAAUUGAUUACUUAAUUUCUCACAUAAUAAGUAUAAUAUGAAAGGCAAGAGCAAGAAUAAAACUUUCAGCAAGAUAUUGAGUCGUCAGAAUUCGUUCAUGCCAACAUUGAGGAUGCUCUUAUAACAUUAUUUAAUUCCCUUGAUUAGAUUGAGAGAGAAAGUUUCCAAUUAAGCUUUCAAACUCAAUCAGUCAAUAAAAGACUUAUGCUCAAAUAUGGUGUAUCACUGAAUUAAUGA